AUGUACUCGCCGGAGAAGAUGAAGUCCGGUGGGGGUCUCAUGGCACCCCCGGGCUGCUUCCCUGGUCGGUACAGCCCAACGUACCGCACCUCUGACCCGCGGCGAUGUGUACCCAACCCUUCGAGUCGAAUACUCGAAGACGCAUCGUUGAUGUGCAAUUCCUGGUCACCAAGACAUAACGGUGACAUAUUCAGUGGUCUCAAUGACGGACUGUUGAGUAGAGCGGAAGCACUAGCAGCAGUGGACAUCAGCAAGCAUCAAUCAGGUCCUCAGCCUGGACCUCCGCUACCGCAACUCAAGCAUGAUAUGGUCUAUCACCACGGAGUUGGUGGUCCUCCUCCGCAUAACACCCGACCGCAUCAGCCUUUCUUCUCGCAGAUGGGACACCAUGGCAUGGAGGGAUUAGACAUGCUUGAACCCGGAUCUGCAACAUCUAUGACGACCCUUGCUCCGAUGGGAGAAGGAGCACCACCACAUCACCAAUUACACGGCUACGGUGCCAUGAAUCACGUUAUGAAUCAUCACCAUCACACAGGUGGCCUGGCUCAUGCUCCACCAGCACAUUUAGUACACCCCGGUGCUGCAUUGCAUCCUGAUACUGAUACAGACCCGCGCGAGCUUGAAGCUUUUGCUGAAAGAUUUAAACAGCGUCGUAUUAAACUUGGCGUAACGCAAGCUGACGUUGGCAAAGCUUUAGCUAACUUAAAGCUACCUGGUGUUGGUGCACUAUCACAAAGUACAAUAUGUAGAUUUGAAAGUUUAACGCUGAGUCACAAUAACAUGAUAGCCUUAAAACCUAUACUACAAGCUUGGUUAGAGGAGGCUGAAGCCCAAGCAAAAAAUAAGAGAAGAGAUCCGGAUGCCCCGAGUGUCUUACCGGCCGGUGAAAAGAAGCGAAAGAGAACAUCUAUAGCCGCGCCAGAAAAGAGAAGCCUCGAAGCGUAUUUUGCCGUACAACCGAGACCAUCUGGUGAGAAAAUAGCAGCUAUUGCGGAAAAGUUAGAUCUUAAAAAGAACGUCGUCCGAGUUUGGUUCUGUAAUCAACGGCAAAAACAGAAACGUAUGAAGUUCGCAGCCCAACACUGA